AUGGAAGUCUAUAGACCAGAAGACGCUUUUACUAUAAAUCUUCGUACAUUCAAAUUCUUCGGCGCUUGGCCUUCCUCCGUUGAGAAUCCGACUUUAAGAUUUAUAUACAAGAUUUACGGAUAUGUGAUUCACUUUUAUUAUAUUGGAGGACUUUUACCGGCACAAUUUACAAGCAUGUAUAUUAUGCGAGGUGACAUGAAACAACUUGUGGAUAGUUCUUUCUUCACAUUAACUUGCGUUGGUUAUGCAUCGAAACUCGUUGUAUUUUUAUUUCGACGAAAGAAAAUUGAAGGAUUCUUUCAAAGAUUGAACAAUCCUAUAUUUGCUCCAAGACGAAUUGAACAUUUAAAUGUAUUGAAAAAAUCAGCAAAAGUAGGACGAGCAAGUUCAUAUACAUUUCUUUCUUUGUCACUUGGAACUUGUGUUUUGUGGAUUAUUUUUCCAUUGGUUGAAAACAGAGAGGAAAAGACAUUACUUUACGCUGCAUGGUACCCGUACAAUGCAACAGUCAAUCCAGCUUAUGCUUACACGUACAUUUCUCAAACAAUUCUUUUGCUUACCACAGCCGCUAUGAAUUCCAUGAUUGAUAUAAUGACUACAAAUUUUUAUGUUGUAAUGGUUGGACAAAUGGAAAUUCUCAAACAAGAUUUUCUGCAACACAAAAAAUGUGCAAUUUCGCCGACUACAAUGGAAUUUUAUAUGUAUUUACUAUAUCAAAUGUGCAUGUUGUAUCAAAUAUUUAUUUACACUUGGCGUGGUAAUGAUGUCACCAUAAAGACAACAGAACUAAUGGAUGCAGUUUAUGAAUGCGGAUGGAUGUCAGUUCCAAAUAUAAAAUUCAGAAAAUCUCUUUGUAUUAUAAUGUCACAUCUUCAAGUUCCAAUGACAUUAUGUGUCGGAAAGUUCUUUUUGUUGUCGGUCGACACUUUCUUCAAGAUUAUUAGAAUGUCUUAUACAUUUUACGUCCUUUUAAAACAAGUCAACAACUAA